CAAAGUGACCAAACGUAGCAGGUGCCCUCUCUCUGCAGGUCCGUCCACGUGGAGGGGGAGGCGCGAAGCGAAACGAGAGCGAGCAGAGCACGAAACCCUCGGCUCCUCCUCCCCCCGCCCGACUCGACUCCCCAUAAAUUAACUUCUCUCUCCCCACUCCUUAUCGCCAACCAGCAUUGCUUCUUCCCCCAAGUAAACGAACCCCAGAGGGAAGAGGCCUCCUCCCCAAUCCCGCCGCGAUCCCAGCCAGCCAUGGAUCCAUACAAGCACCGGCCGUCGAGUGGCAACAACUCCAGCUUCUGGACCACCAACUCGGGCGCCCCCGUCUGGAACAACAACUCCGCGCUCACCGUCGGAGAGCGAGGACCUAUCCUCCUCGAGGACUAUCAUCUGAUUGAAAAGCUUGCUCAGUUUGACAGGGAGCGUAUCCCUGAACGUGUUGUUCAUGCACGGGGAGCCAGUGCCAAGGGUUUCUUUGAGGUGACUCAUGAUGUUUCUCACCUUACAUGUGCUGAUUUUCUCCGGGCUCCUGGGGUCCAGACCCCAGUUAUUGUUCGGUUCUCUACAGUUGUGCAUGAACGUGGAAGCCCUGAGACCUUGAGGGAUCCACGUGGUUUUGCUGUAAAGUUCUACACUAGAGAGGGUAACUUUGACCUUGUGGGUAACAACAUGCCUGUGUUUUUCAUCCGAGAUGGGAUGAAAUUCCCUGACAUGGUCCAUGCUUUCAAACCAAAUCCAAAGACUAAUUUGCAGGAGAACUGGAGAAUAGUGGAUUUCUUCUCACACCACCCAGAGAGCCUACACAUGUUCACCUUCCUCUUUGAUGAUGUUGGUAUCCCACUCAACUACAGGCACAUGGAGGGUUUUGGUGUCAACACAUACACCUUGAUCAACAGGGAUGGAAAGCCUCACCUUGUCAAAUUCCAUUGGAAGCCUACUUGUGGUGUGAAAUGCUUGUUGGAUGAUGAAGCUGUGACUGUAGGAGGCACCUGCCACAGCCAUGCCACAAAGGAUCUAUAUGAUUCUAUUGCAGCUGGGAAUUACCCAGAAUGGAAGCUUUACAUCCAAACCAUUGAUCCUGACCAUGAGGAUAAAUUUGAUUUUGACCCACUUGAUGUCACCAAGACCUGGCCAGAGGAUAUCAUCCCGCUGCAGCCCGUUGGAAGGAUGGUCCUGAACAAGAACAUUGACAACUUCUUUGCAGAAAAUGAACAGAUUGCUUUCUGCCCAGCAAUUAUUGUCCCUGGAAUCCACUAUUCUGAUGAUAAGCUGCUCCAGACGAGAAUUUUCUCCUAUGCUGAUACCCAAAGGCACCGUCUUGGUCCGAAUUAUUUGAUGCUUCCUGUGAAUGCACCAAAAUGUGCUCACCACAACAACCACCAUGAUGGCUUCAUGAACUUCAUGCACAGGGAUGAGGAGGUCAACUACUUCCCUUCAAGGUUUGAUCCUGCCCGUCACUCUGAGAAGGUCCCUAUUCCUCCCCGUGUCCUGACAGGCUGCCGUGAGAAGUGCAUUAUUCAGAAGGAGAACAAUUUCAAGCAGGCUGGUGAGAGAUACCGAUCCUUUGACCCUGCCAGGCAAGACCGGUUCAUCCAGCGGUGGGUUGACGCACUCACAGAUCCUCGUGUCACCCAUGAACAUCGUGGCAUUUGGAUCUCUUACUGGUCUCAGUGCGACGCUUCACUUGGUCAGAAGCUGGCGUCCAGGCUCAACCUGAAACCGAACAUGUAGAUGGGCAAGGAAGGAAACCGAGUGCAGAGCUCUCGUCCGUGCUGGAUUCAAUCAAACGAGUUGGACGGGACAUGGCGUGAAAUUCUCAGCAUCGUUGUAACGAUGAAUGAAUAAAGUAUGGUAGUGAUAUACUGAUGUAGCUGGUGAAUGGAACUGUGAAAUGUGAACCGGUGGCACAUAUCCUGGAACUCUUUCGUGGUGCGUCUCUGUAAGGAAGACAUAAUAAUAAAAACAAAUGCCGUGCAUGAGCACUA